CUCCACGCGUUGAAUCCUCCAGGCCACACAAAGCAGUGUAGUGCACAUUUGAAUGUCUAUUUAAAAUACUUAUUUAAUACUUAUUGGAAUAUUUUGCUCUCCGGAUAGACUUUCCGAAAGUGUAAUUAUCGGCAACACACAGAUAACAAUGCCAAAUUUCUGCGUGGCGCCGAACUGCACCAAGAAAAGUACGCAAACAGACUUAGCUUUCUUCCGAUUUCCAAGGGAUGUGAAGAGAUGUCACGAGUGGGUGGAAAACUGUCGGCGUGCCGACCUGCUGGCCAAAACGCCGGACCAGCUGAAUAAGCACUACAGGCUGUGUGCAGCUCACUUUGACCCCAGCAUGAUCUGCAAGACGGGUCCAUUUCGGACAGUUCUUAAGGACAAUGCAGUUCCCACCAUAUUUGAUUUCAGCGGCCAGAACAAGAAACUGCACAAAAACCGCAAACGUGUCAAAGUUCUGACAGAAGAAGAAGUCAGAGACAUUAAAGAACGUAGAUUGGAAGAGGAGGCGGAGGCCAAUAAAGAGGACGAGGAUGUGGAAGACAUGGAACAGGACGCCGUUCCUCAGCUAUCCCAAGAGGAGCAGGAACUCCGGGAAUACCUGCGUUCUCUGUUCGAGAUCCUGCUUCUGCUCGGCAGGCAAGGAAUUCCGCUGAUCGGACACACAGUGACCGCCCCCCUCUCGUCCACCGUGGAGAAACUGAAAGAUGCGGGCAGUGAUGCCGCUGCCGUCGUCGAGGGCAACCAAGAGAAAACAGACGCGAAUGGCAACGGCAACAGAACCGGGCAACCGUGGACCUUCACGCCUCUGAGCAACUUCCAGGCACUGGUGGAAUUCCGGAUCAGCGCCGGCGAUGAGGCGCUCCGUCGGCGGUUCGAAGGCGCGGCGACAAACUCCGAGACGUGCCCGCCCGAGACUCUGCUCAACAUGCUGAACGUGGCCGGCGCUUGCAUCCGCGAGGACGUCCUCCGCGACGUGCAGCUCUUUUCGCUGAUCGCCGGCGAGCCCGCGGAAAUGUCGUCAGAUUUCGCCGGCAGAGAGAGCAGCCGCGACGUCCUCCUCCCGAUCUUCGCCCGGUUCGUGGACGUUUCAACGGCGGUGGCCGCGGAGCAGGCGAGUCCCAGGGAGGAGCUCCUGGGCUUCGUGUCGCUGGAGUGCGACGGCGACACGCUGGCCGAGAGGCUGCUGACGUACGUGACGGACGCGUGCGGGCUGGACAUGGACAAGUGCCGCGGCUUCGCGUACGACUGUGGUGGAGGCGGGGCACGACACGCGCUGCGCAUGCGCACGGCGGCCGAACGCAUCUCGGAGCGGCACCCGGCGGUCGUGCGCACGCUCUGGUCGGGCUGUGGCCUCAACACGCUGCUGGCCGAGAGCGCCGGCACUCCGGGCACGCAGGUCGUCGUGGCGACGCUGAGCCGCGUGGACGCGCUCCUCCGCAGCUCGCCAGCGCUACGCCUGGAGCUGGAACGCACCGUGGCGACGAGUUUUCGCGACGACGAGGACAUGGCCCGCGAGCUCCUCACCGCUUGCCGUCGCGGCCGGUGGGGCCGGCGCCACAACGCCUUCCAGCUGACCUCUGACCUCCUGGAGCCGCUCAAGCUCUGCCUGGAGUCGGUCUGCGACAGCAGCCACGACCAGCGCUGGAGCGAGCGCGUGGUGCGCGACUGCCUGGCCCUCUCCGAGACGCUCAACGACUUCGAGUUCCUGGCCGCGCUGGUGGUGCUCAAGAACGUGCUGUCGUUCACGCGCGCCUUCGGCCGCAACCUGCAGGGCGGCGCCAUGGACGUGCACCUGGCCACCAGCAGCGUGACGGCCGUGCUCCACUCGCUCAUGGAGGUGGCCGACAACAUCGACGUCUACCACGAGUUCUGGUUCGAGGAGGCCGUGCUGGUGGCCCAGUCGCUGGGCAUCCCUGUGCGCGUGCCGCUGCGCCACCUCCGCAAGUGUGCCGGCGGCGCCGAGCCGCAGCCCGAGGGCUACUACAAGGAGCACCUGACAGUGCCGGUGGUCAGCUACGUCAUCUCUGAGCUCAACGACCUGUUCUCAGAGACGCACCUGAAGGUGCUGCGCUGCCUGUCGCUCAUCCCCGCCGUCAUGGGCCAGCUCAAGUUCGCCGCCGACGUCGCCGAGGAGACGGCCGUGGCCGAGGUGUACCGCCGCGACCUGCCCAGCCCGGACACGCUGGCCACCGAGCUGCAGUGCUGGCGCGUCAAGUGGAAGCACCGGAGCAAAGGCGUGCCGCUGCCCGCCAGCAUCGGCGAGACGCUGCGCCUCGCCGACGUCAAGUUCUUCCCCAACCUCGACGCCCUCCUCGGCGCGCUCUGGAACCUUCCCAUCCUCAACCCCGAGGAGGGACCGCAGCAGCAGAAGAAGCCGCAAACGCCGCCGCCGCAGAAACCGCAGGAGGACACGACGCCGGCGGCAGAGCCAGAGCCGGAGGUUGCUGUUGACGACGACGAUAACGAUGACGACGACGACGAUGGCGGCGCCGGUGACCGCGGUGGCGGCUGCGGCGGAACUGCUCGGAGCCGACUUCAGGCGUACCUCCGCGACACUCCCGUGCGUCACCGGUGCUCAUGGCUGGCGCUCAUCUACGCCAGCAUGGACGCGCGGCACGACCCCGACCGCAUGGUGGAGGCCUAUUUGAAACUGCACCCAGACAACAACUAAACACUGGACUUCCCAUUCCAAAAUGACGAGUUGACCUGUACGUGUUCAUAUGUAAAUACAGCGUUCUAUUCUGUUCCUUUCUUCUUUUGCCUUUUAAAAGGAUUUGGCUAGACGUGGGAGAGUGGCUGAAAUGAAAUUAUUUUCUUUCGGCAGUGAAUAGAUUCUCUUUAUAAUGUACCUAUGAGGAUUAAUAAAAUGUUUAUCGAUCCA